GAUUGUCAAUUUAUAGAAAUCCUCGUUCCUCCUCUAAUGUAAACAAUUUGACUCCAUUAGUCUAUUAUGACCCUGAUUCAGGUAGUUCUAGUGAAGAUGAGUGGUAUUUCUACUUAGACUUUAGCUCCAUAAAAGUGGAGACAGAUAAUUUUGACUCUGACGCAGAUGAUAUAAUUGAUAAAGACAAUCAGAGAGCUAGAAUAAGAAAAGAAAGAAAUAAGCCUUUUAAAGUUACAUGUUGCUACGAUAAAGCAGGAAAUGCUUAUCUUGAGGAAAAAGCUAUUAAACCUAACCCCUGUGGAUGUAUUGUAAAUGCCUCUGCUGUUGAAUUCCCGUUACUCCAACAAUUUCUAGAUAACAACCUAGAUCUUUUUACCUGGGAGAAAGGGCCAUUAGGCCAAACUAAUUUCGUAAAGCAUCGUAUCAAUACCGGCGAUGUACUCCCAAUUAAACAAUAUCUCUACUGGCAUUCUCCAGCUGAAAAGAAGAUUAUUCAAGAUGAGAUCAGGCAUAUGAUUUCAACCGGUAUCAUUUGCCCUU